CUUUGAGAUUGUGGUGUAGACGUGGAGUCUCUAUAUACUGCUACUACCUUGCUUAAAUUCUCGCUUGUGUUUUAUCUUUCUUUCGCUUCAGCCUAGCUAGCUAGAAAUGGCAAGUGAAAAGGAACGAAAUGUGGAUGACAAUGAUCAAGUAUGUCAAAGAAGGAACUUCUUGCUAUCCGUCAGACUCAAAUAUGUUAAGACUGGUUACCACUUUUUAAUCUCCAACUCUCUAUAUCUACUGCUUAUUUUGGUCCUGUGUAUUAUCUUGAGUCAUCUGUCAACACUAACCAUUGAUGAAGUCCUUCAGCUCUGGAACAACCAUGUAGUGACUAUAGUCGUGUCUUGUGUUACUUGCGUUUUAAUAUUUAUCAUUUACAUGAUGACCCGUCCAAGAAAAGUUUACUUGGUGAACUUUGCAUGUUAUAAGCCUGAACCAGCACGGAUGUGCAGUAAAGAACAUUUCUUGAAAUUAUCUGCACGAACUGGGAAAUAUACAGAAUCAAGUUUAGCUUUUAAAAAGAAAAUCCUUGAGAGAUCAGGGGUCGGGCAGAGGACUUACGGGCCGAAAGCCUUGAUGGAGAUCCCUCAAACCCAGUCUUUGGUGGAGGCUAGGAAGGAGACAGAAACUAUCAUAUUUGGAGCAAUUGACGAGCUCUUUGCAAAAACUGGAGUGAAUCCUAGAGAGAUAAGUAUUCUGGUGGUGAAUAGUAGCUUGUUUAAUCCAAUACCAUCUUUAUCAGCCAUGGUAGUGAACCGCUACAAGCUGAGAGGGAAUAUUUUGAGCUAUAAUCUAGGUGGUAUGGGCUGCAGUGCAGGACUUAUUUCUAUUGACCUCGCCAAACAACUUUUACAGGUGCACCCCAACUCCUGUGCUCUAGUUAUGAGCACAGAAAACAUCACUAAGAACUGGUAUCCUGGCAAUGACCGAUCGAUGCUUGUCACAAACUGCUUAUUUCGACUGGGUGGUGCUGCCAUCCUCCUAUCCAACCGAUCAUCGGAUCACAAUCGCUCCAAGUAUCAACUACUUCACACCCUUCGCACCCACAGAGGUGCAGAUGAUAGAUGUUAUAAAUGUGUCUUGCAGCAAGAGGAUGAGGCCCAACAAAUUGGAGUCUCACUCUCAAAAGACCUUAUGGCUGUUGCCGGAGAAGCUCUUCAAACUAAUAUCACUAAACUCGGGCCAUUAGUUCUUCCAAUGUCAGAGCAACUUCUAUUCGUUGCAACUGUAGUCGCUAAAAAACUUUUUAAAAUGAAGAUUAAGUCAUACAUUCCCGAUUUCAAGUUGGCUUUCGAACAUUUCUGUAUUCAUGCAGGAGGAAGAGGAGUGUUAGAUGAAUUAGAAAAAAGCCUUGAUCUCAGUGAAUGGCAUAUGGAGCCUUCAAGAAUGACUCUUUACAGGUUUGGGAAUACUUCCAGUAGUUCUUUGUGGUAUGAACUGGCUUAUUCUGAGGCCAUGGGGAGGAUGAAGAAAGGUGAUCGAACGUGGCAGAUUGCAUUUGGUUCAGGAUUCAAGUGUAACAGCGCUGUGUGGAGGGCAUUGAAGACCAUCAAACCAAGCAAGGAGAAAAAUCCAUGGAUGGAUGAAGUUGAUAUGUUUCCUGUUCUAGUGCCGAAAUUUGCAUCAAUUUCUUUCUAAAUUAAUUACUCUAGUUUCUUCUAUUUCAGAGGGGGAUAGUUUGUGCCAACUACUUUUAAUAUUAUGUCUACUUUUGU